AUGGCUUCUCUGGCAGCCAGCGCGAGCCGGGUCUUAGUGUUCGGAAGAAAGCCGAUUCCCGCAUUUGCAACUUCUUAUCGCGCUCUAAGCACCCGUGCAACCUCUUACACACUUAAUACCGGCGCGAAAAUCCCGGCGCUUGGAUUUGGCACUUUCCAAGACGCCGACUCUCAGGAAAACACUGUGAGCCAGGCGUUGCAAAAAGGUAUGCGUCUUAUUGAUACAGCUCGGGUUUACAAUGUCGAAGAGCAAGUCGGAAGAGGAAUCAAGAAGAGCGGAAUUCCACGCGAAGAGAUCUUCCUCGGCACAAAGCUAUGGUGCAAUGACUAUCAUCCUGAUGACGUAGAGCGCGCUGUGGAUGAUUCCCUCCGAGAUCUGGACACUCCAUAUGUCGAUCUGCUGUUGAUGCACUAUCCCUGCACCUUUAAGCGGGGCUCUGACCGAUUCCCCCGGGAUGCUGAUGGCAGAAUGAUUCUGGGCGAGACGACGUAUCUGGAUACAUGGAAAGCGAUGGAGAAGGUGACUAAGACCGGCAAGGUCAAGGCGAUUGGAGUGUCGAAUUUCAGCCGUGGCGAGAUUAGCACCCUGAUCAACGAAUCUUCGACGGUCCCUGCCGUCCACCAAAUGGAGGUCCAUCCCUACCUACAACAGAAAGACUUCAACAAUUGGCUUCAGACAAAGGGAAUUCACGUUGUCCAGUUCAGUCCACUCGGCAAUAUGAACGACUUUUACCGACAAACCGGGUGGUCAAAAGGAAUUUCGCACAUGAUGCGGGUUAUCGACCAACCAAUUCUGAAAGAAAUUGGCCAGAAAUAUGGCAAGAGCCCUGUGCAGGUGGUACUUGCGUGGGGAAUCAACAGUGGCCGUUCUGUCAUUCCCAAAAGUGUCGUCGACUGGCAGAUUUUGCAGAACAUAGAGGCCGAUUUCGAGUUGCAGCCUGAGGAUAUGGCUCAGAUAGCAACUAUGGAUGCAAAGGCUCGCUUCAAUGAUCCCAGCUUAGAUUAUGAAUAUCGUUUGUACAGUGAUCUGGAAGGCAUCGAAGGUACUAUGAGGGGCAAAACUCACUAG